AUGCUUGAUCAAGUGAUUAUUCCCGAGAGUAAAGAACCUUAUCGUAACCGUCAUCACAAAAAAAAGCAUAAGCAUAUUACUCGAGAGAUUGCAACUAAUUCUGAGUUGGAAGAACUUGCGUAUGUUUCUCAAAGUGAAUUGAAUGAUGAAGCAUUUUUAAGAAAAAGGAUAAAAAAGAUUAGAAGGCUGUCAAUUAGUGAAGAGGAGAAGAACAGAUUGACUCAAAAAUUAAUGAUGGGUGCACAUUAUGAUAAAAUUAGAUUUCAAGAGACCCAAGAGGAUGAAAAUAUGACAACUGAAGAUGAAGAUGAUGACCUUGUUAUUGUUAAUGAUUGUGAUAAAGUUCCCACGUAUCACAACGAAUCAUUAGAGAUCUUUGGAUGUCCACAUUAUCAAAGGAAUUGUAAAAUGGAAUGUCCUCGUUGUAAACAGUGGUUUGGUUGUCCUAUUUGUCAUGAUGAAGUUGUAACUGAUCACAAGUUUAAAAGAGAAGAUACUAGACAUGUCAUGUGCUUGAAAUGUUUUGAAGUUCAGGAACCAAGUGAAUUUUGUGAUAAUUGUGAUAUUCAAUUUGCCUUGUAUUAUUGUUCUAAAUGUAAAUUAUAUGAUAAUGAUGAAAAUAAAGAUAUUUAUCACUGUGAUGAUUGUGGUAUUUGCCGGUUAGGUUUAGGAUUGGGUCAAGAUUUUUUCCACUGUAAAGGUUGUAAUGCUUGUUUGUCAAUAGAAUUGCAAGAUGAUCAUAGAUGUAUUGAACGUGCUACACAAUCAGAUUGUCCCAUUUGUGGAGAAUAUAUGUUCACAUCAGUUAAACCUGUUGUUUUCAUGUCUUGUGGGCAUGCUAUCCACCAAUCUUGUUAUGAAGAUCAUUCCAAACAUAGUUAUAAAUGCCCAACUUGUCAAAAAACUGUGUUGAAUAUGGAGGCUCAAUUUAGGGUUUUGGAUAUGGAGAUCUCAUUGCAACCGUUACCACAGCCUUAUUGCCAAUGGACCUGUGUUGUUUCAUGUAAUGAUUGUAAUGCUAAAUCGUCAUGUGCUUACCAUGUGUUGGGAUUGAAAUGUGAUAAUUGUAAAAGUUACAACACUGUGCAAUUGAAAUUAAUUAAACCUGAAGAAAGUGAUUAUGAAAGUGAUAUUUCC